UUCUGAAAGAUAGCAAAAUAAGUCUGAUUUAGGAGAGGAAACACUGAUAUAAGAUAAAGUUUGAAGAUUUCCACACAGAACGGUCGUGGAGCAGUCUGGAUGUACGGGCUAAAGUCUGCAAGUGCUCCUGCUGAUUCAGACAGUGACAUAUUGCUGAAAUUGCGAUAGCAGUGAUACCUGUUACUGUGCACGCCGCAUGAAUCAAGUCGUUGAACUGCUUCCUGAUACAAUCAGGGUUUUCAGUUUCUCCAUCUGUACGACCAGCACAAGUUCCUGUUUAUUUAACAACGUGUGUUUGUAUAAUCAAUGUUAACAUCUUCCGUUCACGUGCCUUGUACUUGUCUUGGUUUUGAAAAGUAGUGAAGGACAAGCCAUAGGGCAGAUGAUCAAGGACAUGCAUGCAACUUCAUUCCGUGGUGGCAGUGGGAGCUGGGACACUUGUUAGGUCCGUGUGCGUGGGGAUGGUUCCGGUUCGCUGCGUGAACCUGUGACCCAAAACAGUGUCCCGGCUGGAAUGCGCAGGCGGUGCCGACGCUGCUGCCACCCACGGCUCGUACGGGACAUUUCCCUGCGUGCAGUGGAAGGGUUGAGUCUGCCUUGCUGUCAGGUACCGGCUUCCAUGUGCAAGGUAACAUAUGAGAAGCUCAGUGUGGGACCCUUAAAGCAGAUUGCGAAAUAGACUUUGGCUAUAUUGUUCACAACUGCGUGAAGCUAGAAAUCCGAGCGGAUGCCUGUGCCACCACCGCCGCCGCCACCUCCUCCUCCACCACCUCCACCACCUUCUGGAGGGCCCCCUCCACCACCACCACCACCACCUUCUGGAGGGCCCCCUCCACCACCACCACUGGCAAGCUCAGAGAUACCAAAAUUGCGAAAGGAAGACCAAAAAGCCCGAAACGCACUCUUGGCUGAUAUCCAGCAGGGAACUCGCCUCAGGAAAGUGACUCAAAUCAACGACCGCAGUGCACCACAGAUUGAAAAGCCCAAAGAAGCUAACAGAGAUGGAGUUAACCCAGCUGUUAAUAAAGCUGGCCCUCAGCAGCCUCUGGGAGGUUUGUUUGCUGGUGGCUUUCCUGUUCUCAGACCAGCAGGCCAGAGGGACAUGACAGGAGGGAAGCCUGGGCAGCUUUCCGGAGUCCGAGCAGCAGCCCCCAGACCCUCCGCUCCGCCGAGCAGCGGCGCUGCCAAGGCGAACAGCAACCCCUCGCACCCGGCCGAGGCUCCAAGGGCAGCUGUCCCACCGGAGCCUCCCGGCACCUCCCGAGCCACCGCGGGAGCCGGCCCCGGGCGGCCCAGCCUGCCCGCCCCGCCUCCACCGCCGCCCGCCGCCAGCAAGCCUUCCCUCACCUUCCCCCCUCCUCCCCCUGUGCCCCCUCCGGCCGACCGCCCUGCCAAGGGGGUGACCCCCGGCCCUGCUCCUCCGCUCCCUCCCCCUCAGGCUGACAAACCCGCCAAGCUUCAAGCUGGCGCUUCGCACCCGCCCCCGCCGCCCCCUCCUCCUCCUCCUCCUCCUCCUCCUCCUCCACCGCUGCCCUCCGUGCCUCCCUGCGGGCUGCCGGGCAGAGCCGCCGAGCUCUCUGCGGCCGCCGCCCCUCCAGCCGAAGGAAGGGACUGUCCCCCUGCCACGCCGCCGCCCCCGCCUCCUCCGCCGCCACACGCCCACCCCCCGCCCCCCAACAGGCUCUCCUUUCCCCCCUCCCCGGCCUUCAGCGGUGCUGACGUGCCCCCUCCGCUGCCCCCCAAGUCUCCACACUUGCUGUCACAGUUCCACAAGCCAAGCAACAUCCAGUCGCUGCCGCUCCCACCCACCCCCGGCCCUCCUCAGCCCGCAGCCGUGGUGGAGACCAGGAAAAAGAGACCCGGCCGAGGCGCAGGAACCGGUGCUGGAAAGCUGGUCACACCUCCACAGCCACCAGCAAGAUCACCAACAACUGAACUUACAAGCAAGUCUGGAGUCUCAGCCUGGGCUACAGCUCAUGACCCCUACACACCACUUAAAAAUGGAAAUAUGCACAUCAUUGAUGACUUCGAAUCUAAAUUUACUUUCCAUUCUGUGGAGGAUUUCCCCCCACCUGAUGAAUUCAAACCAUUUCAGAAAACAUAUCCCAGCAAGAUACCCAGAGGUAAGUGUGUAAACAUGAAAAAAUCUGAUCAUUAUCAAGAGGUUUAAGAAUGGGGACGAAAAAUAAAGAACUGAACCAGCAUUAACAUAACUGAACUGCUAGCAUAGGCACAGAGAGGAAUGGGACUUGUCACAGUGGCAACAGGGACCAAAGAUAUAAUGAAAAGCACUUAGUUACUUUAGCAUCUUAGCUAAAAACAAAUUAUGUGGCUGGACAUGCAGCCUGUGUUUCUAGACUGCUAAAUUUGCAAAGCCUGUGAUGUUAAAAACAGUAAUGUCAUAGAACAGACUUGGGCAGCUAUUGAGUUUGAUUUUUUUGUUCGUUAACUUGUGAAAUCACAGAGAAAGGUGACUUGAUCCGUGUAUUCCAUCAUGUAUUUUGAUUUAAAUCCUAUGCAUGGUGUUUUACACACCUGAAUAACAAAGUGACUUAGUACCUGAAUUUUGUCAGGAAAGUGAUAAAUGGCUGAACCUUGCUUUAUUUUUUUUUUUCCUCCCUUCUUAACUGAGAAACUUAGAAUCAGGUCACUGUUUUAAGAGCAGUUCACCUAUCCAGCUUUGAAAAUGGGUAGUUGAAGGUGCCAAAAGAUCUCAUGCCCAUAUUCUGCUUUUUGUAAAACACGGUCUUCUGUAUUAUUAGAUCUCCAACUUUUAAUAACCUUUUGUUAUGUUUUGUUUUGUUUCCAUGCUAAGGUACUUUGCAUGACUUUUCAUACCUAUCUAUUUACAGAUCCCUCUAAAAAUCCUCCAUUAAGAACACAUGUGAGAUGAGAAGAGUCUUCUGAUGCUCUCUGGACUAGUAUUAAAAAAGAAGAUCAAAAUAAUACAGAAAACAGAAGGGGGUACCCAUUGCAGUGAUAGACUGUACUUGAGUCGCAAGUACUGCAAUGUUAACAUUUCUAUAAACUGGAAAAACAGUAUCAAUGACACCUUUUGAACUGGCCUACAUACUACAGGAAUGUUAGUGCAGGCUUUUAAAUUACUGUAUAUAGGUGAAUAUUUUUUAAGCAAAGCAGCAUAAAAUCUAAAUUCUUGUAGUGUUGAAACAAUUCUCAUUCUUAUCAUUCUGACAAUGUUACCUCAGAAUGUUUUGUGCUACGUGCCUGUAAUUCUUUUUUCCCCUUCCAUCAUAAUUUUUGGAAAUUCUACAGUUAUUAUUCAGACAUUUUUUUCAAUGAACUGUCAAACUAA